ACCAUCUUGUUUACCACCGAAUGGCCGCCAGGGACCAGCUGGAAAGUUAAACGACCGUGUCAUCUCAAUUUUUGUUAGAAUUAAAGAAACAGACGGUGAUGGCUAGUUUACACAAAAAUCGACGAACUACCCUUGAAAGGAUUGAAAAAUUCGUUUCUAGAAUUUAUUUUACUGAUGUAAAUUUAUAUGGGCGCAUUUACCCACAUCAAGAGAAUGUCGACAUAUUUCACUGGGCCUUACCUCAAGAUAAACACUGGAAGUCAAUUUCCUUUGAUGAAAUCAUCAAACAAACAUUUCUCCCACAGAAAAUUGGGGACUGUUUUGGACCCACUUGGGCUACACACUACUUUAAGAUUGUUGUGAAGAUUCCUGAAUCUUGGUCUGGCAAAGAAAUCCACCUUCGAUGGAAUUCAAAUUCAGAAGCACUUCUUUUCAACACUCUUGGAGAACCUCUUCAGGGAUUCACUGGAAGUCCUGAUCACCAGAAACGAGAAGAAUUCAUAAUCUCAAAAUCAUGGGAGAAGAAAGGUCCAGAAGAACUGGUUUACUUUAUUGAAAUGGCUUGCAAUAGCAUGUUUGGAGCUGGCAAAGGAGGAAUGAUUGACGCUCCCGACCCUGACCGAAAAUAUUCUCUGCAAAUGGCUAAUGUUGCGGUUUGCGACACAGUCGCAUACCAUCUCCUGAUCGACUUAGAACUUUUAUUUGACAUGGCCAAAGAAUUGACGGAAGCAGACGGAAAGGGUGACAGUCGUGGUUAUCAGGCUUUGUACGCAGGAAAUCAAAUCAUAAAUGCCAUUCAAGCUGAUGAUUGGAAGGAAGCUCAACGAGUGUCAAACGAGUUUUUUAAGUACCGAAACGGCGAACGCGCGCACAUCAUAGACGCAAUGGGUCACUGUCAUAUCGAUACGGCUUGGCUCUGGACGUACGAUGAAACUAUCCGGAAGUGCGCUCGCAGCUGGUCAUCUGUGAUAGCACUAAUGAAGGACUAUCCUGAAAUGACUUUUGUUUGUUCUCAAGCCCAGCAAUUCAGCUGGGUAAAACAGUACUACCCUUCGCUUUAUGAGGAGAUGAAGCAUUUUAUAAGUUUGGGGCGAUUUAUUCCUGUUGGUGGAACAUGGGUUGAAAUGGACGGCAAUAUACCAAGCGGCGAAUCAUUCAUACGCCAAUUUUUGUACGGGCAGCGGUUCUUUCUAAAAGAAUUUGGAAUACGAUCGCAAGAGUUUUGGUUGCCGGACACUUUUGGUUAUUCAGCACAGACUCCUCAAAUAUUAAAACACGUUGGAAUUUCCAGAUUCCUAACACAGAAAUUAAGUUGGAGUCUGGUUAAUAAAUUUCCACAUCACAAUUUCUUGUGGGAAGGAAUUGAUGGCAGCACAGUUAUCGUUCAUUUUCCACCUGGCGAUUCGUACGAAGCCAACUGCAAAGUGAGCGAAGCAUUGAAAACGGAACGAAACUUGUUGGAUAAAGGACGGGUAACUCGGUCUGUGAUGCUUUACGGUUUUGGAGACGGUGGCGGUGGCCCUCACAAACCAAUGCUUGAUCGCAUGGAACGAUUAAAAGAUGUCGAUGGUGUGCCUAAAUUCGAGAAUUCAACGCCUAACAAAUUCUUUGAGAAUUUGGAAGCCGAGAGUUCACAGCUUUGUCGUUGGGUUGGAGAGCUAUAUUUAGAACUUCAUAACGGCACUUAUACAUCUCAAGCCGAUAUGAAGAAAUACAAUCGCAGCUGUGAAUAUAAAUUGCGGGAUGCCGAACUCCUAUUGGCUAUUGCAUUUACUUUGGAACGGAUUCCACUGGCGGAUUUGGUGGAUUUACGAACCAACAUCGAGGAAGGCUGGCGCCUUCUUCUGGUGAACCAGUUUCACGACGUUUUGCCAGGGUCUUCUAUCGAACUAGCGCACACGGAAGCCAAGGAGUGGUUUCGUAAAAGCCUUCAACUAGCAGCGGAAGUUGUUGAUCGCUGUAUUAGUUAUCUCCAGGGUACGUCUAUCGCUAGUUAUUCUUUGCUCAACACACUGCCUUGGUCGAGAAAUGCUUUGAUCUACGAGAACGAGAAACCUUUGAAAGCGAUCAGUGUCAAGCCGAUGAGUUGGGACGAUGACGAGCUCGGUGAUAUUUCCCCCGUUGUCAUGGAACAAGGGGGAGGAGUCCACAAAAUAAGCAACAAAUGGUUUUCGGUGGAAAUAGAUUCCAGCGGUCGUAUUUCGUCCAUGAUUCAUCAUGCUAGUGGCAAUCAGGUCGUUCCUACUAAAGAAUUUGGGAAUCAACUUGUACUUUUCGAUGACAUUCCUCUGUAUUGGGAUGCGUGGGAUUGUAUGGACUACCAUAUUGAAACUAGAAAUGCUGUGAAUCGUCCGUCUUGCACCGAAGAAGAGGUUCACGUAGAGCUUGCAACUCCUCUGAAGGUGACUUUGAAGUGGAGCCAGCCUGUUGGCCAGAAAAGUCGUGUUCAUCAGAAAAUUCACAUCACCGCCGUUCAUUCUUUCAUAGAAUUUGAAACUCGAGUUGAAUGGGCUGAAAAUAGAAAAUUUUUGAAAGUUGAGUUCCCUGUUGAAGUUCACGCCAAUCAAGCUUCCUUCGACACUCAAUUUGGUUUCCUGAACCGACCGAAUCAUAAGAACACUUCUUGGGAUUCUGCUAAAUUUGAGGUUUGCGGACACAAGUGGGCAGAUUUGUCAGAACCUGCGUGGGGUGUUUCUGUUUUGAAUGACUCGAAGUAUGGAUGGAGCGUGCAUGGACGAACAAUCACCAUGUCCUUGCUCCGUUCACCCAAAGCCCCGGACGCUAAUUGUGAUAUGCACGAACAUUUCUUCCGCUACGCGUUAAUGCCACACAAUGGUUUAAAAUCGAGAUCCGAGGUGAUAAGGGAAUCCUACAACUUUAACUGUGAGUUGAUUUCAACCAAAUUGUCUAAAGACACGAGCACUAGUGGCUCGUGGUUUACAGUAAAUUCGUCUUCCGUCAUUUUGGAGACCAUCAAACCCUGUGAACCAGUGCUCGGUGAUGAGAAAACUCCGGUAAAAAGAAUUCUCGUUCGGCUCUUUGAAUCCUGUGGUGAUCGAACACACGCUAGGAUCGAGACGAGUCUUCCGUUUGUGAACUACAUGGAGUGCAACGGAUUAGAAGAACCAAUUGGACCUCUACUACCUUUCGUAGUUUCUACAGAAGGGCAAAAGUUUUUCACUGCUUCAUUUACCCCAUUCCAAAUUAAAAGUUUCUUACUUUCCUUUUGAAAAUGUUUUGCUAUUAAAAAUAUAUAGUUGGAAGUGAAUACAAAAAACAAGGUGGCAGUGGUUGAUUACAAGAA